AUGAUCUUUUGUCUAGGCCCCAUGGGUGCUGGAAAAACUCUCCUUCUGAAGAGUCUCCGGAAUAGUGAAAGUAUCGAUAACACAACAACAGCCGUACCAACAGUCGGUACCAACAUUAUCGACAUCAAAAUUGGCGACAAAAUCUACACAGUCCGAGAAUUGGGAGGAACCAUGGCACCUAUAUGGAACGUAUACUUGAACGAAAAUGUGAGGAAGGUUAUCUUUGUGGUGGAUGUGUCUGAUUUGUGCCAAAUAUCAGCUGCAUGUGUGCUUCUCUACACUGUCAUGGUGAAUCCGUGCCUGAGGAAUGCUCAAUUCUUGAUCGCUCUCACGAAGAUGGAUGUCAGUUACAGACAAAUGAGGAACGAGGCUCUGCUGAUGCUGCAGAUGAAGAGAUUGCAAAAAGAAGUACGCCAAAGUAUAACGAUCACUGAAAGUAGUGCCAUAACGGGAGAAGGAAGAAGUGAAAUUUUAAAAUGGAUUAGCAAAGAAUGACUAACAAUUAUCUUGUUCCUCUGUGCCGCAUUAUGUUGAUGAUGAUCUUAUGUUUUUGUUGUAAUUUGUUUUGUUGGAAUAUGAAUAAGGAUAUUGAUAA